AUGAAAACAGAGGAAGAUGACGAGCAAGGAAUGCUUUUGCAGCUUCCCUCUGAACUGCUUUUGUUGAUUUUUGAUUACGUACGAGGAAGGCAUUUGGUUCGUCAUGUACGCUUGGUCUGUAGGAAAUUUCAUUGCCUGCUGACUAACCAACAGUGGUGGCUCACUCGUAUACAUCUUCCCUCUGAACUGCUUUUGUUGAUUUUUGAUUACGUACGAGGAAGGCAUUUGGUUCGUCAUGUACGCUUGGUCUGUAGGAAAUUUCAUUGCCUGCUGACUAACCAACAGUGGUGGCUCACUCGUAUACAUAAACUCUCAUCUCAUCAGAUCCGUCUAUCGGAUUGUGAGACAAAGGUGGACGAUUUUGAUGCUGCUCGAAGUUUUGUAGCAAUCGAGGAGGAAGUGCUCCGCUUCACAGCCACUGGUCACAUUGCCACAGUAGACGCCUUGCGAUUAUUUCCUCAUCGAAGUUCUGGAAAUAGAUUUUGUCUUUCCGGUGGACGUGAUAGAGCUAUUAAGCUUUGGAAUAUUAGUGAAUUAGAGCAAUCCCAACAAACGUCAACAUCGACUAAGCCGUGUUACGAUAUGCAAAAUGCGCAUGAGGGAUGGAUAUGGUGUCUUGAUCAGUCUGCAAGUAAACCAGAAGAGUUUCUCUCAUGUAGUUGGGAUUGCACCGUGAAACUUUGGCAGAUUACACCCACACAAAUAGCCGUAAGUUUAGUUCUAUAG